AAAAAAAAGGACAUACUAACCAAUAAAAAAAGACAUAGAAAGGACUUUCGCGGUAAAUUCGUAUUUCGUUACCUACUCGUGUGAAAAUUCGCGCUAUUCUGAAUAAAUUAAAAUUAGCAAAUUAUUGUGUUAUAAAAUUGCAAUGACUAAAAAUAAAGAAAUUCUUGAUCAAACUCUUGAUGGUAACAUAUCGGAUAAUGAUGACGAAGAAAGUUAUUUUCAAGAUGUAGAUGUAUUACAGAAGUAUGGAAUUAAUGUCGCAGAUAUAAAGAAAUUAAAAGCAGCAGGAAUUUGCACCAUAAAAGGUAUUCAGAUGUCCACCAAGAAAAAACUCUGUAAUAUUAAAGGAUUUUCUGACACGAAAGUUGAUAAAAUCAAAGAAGCGUGUCAAAAAGUUGCUGCAAUUGGCUUUAUGACUGCUUUAGAAGUCAGUGAUCGAAGAAAACAAGUAUUUAAAAUUAGUACAGGGAGCACGGAACUUGACAAAUUACUCGCCGGGGGCAUAGAGUCAAUGGCCAUAACGGAGGUGUUUGGCGAGUUUCGGACCGGCAAAACUCAGCUAUCUCACACUCUCUGUGUUACCACACAAAUACCAACUUCGACUGGCUACCCAGGGGGAAAAGUCAUGUUUCUCGACACGGAACACACCUUCCGCCCUGACCGGCUUCGGCCAAUUGCAGAUAGAUUUAAUCUAGACCAAAACGCUGUGUUGGACAACGUAUUGUAUGCCAGAGCUUACACAUCUGAACAUCAGGCAGAACUCUUAGAUUACGUUGCUGCGAAAUUUCAUGAGGAAGCCGGAGUAUUUAAACUCCUUGUGAUAGAUUCCAUAAUGGCGCUAUUUAGAGUAGACUUUUCUGGAAGAGGGGAACUGGCGGACCGGCAGCAAAAACUAGCGCAGGUUCUUUCACGACUGCAAAAAAUAUCCGAAGAAUACAAUGUAGCGGUGUUCAUUACGAAUCAAAUGACGGCCGACCCAGGAGCGACAUUGACCUUCCAAGCUGACCCCAAGAAACCUAUCGGGGGCAACAUAUUGGCGCAUGCGUCGACUACGAGGAUAGCUCUACGAAAAGGCCGCGGUGAGAACAGGAUCGCAAAGAUUUACGACUCUCCGGACUUACCUGAAAGCGAAGCUACUUUUGCCAUUACCAAUGGAGGUGUUUCUGAUGCUAAAGACUAAUG